UCCGUAGACAGCAGGAGCGACGGGACCUGCUCGCUACCACAGCCUGAGAGCAUCCUUUUCUCUUCGCUUUCAUAUCACCCUCACCAAAACACAGCGGGAUGACGGGAAAUCAUGAGGAUAGCAUCUCUCCACUCACCGGAUUGCGCUAGAAUAUCGUUACCGGGUACGUUAGCCGUUCGGCUCGCGUAAUGCUGCACAACAUGAGGCUUUCAUCAUGAUGGAGAGCAGACAUAAUAGGCUGUCUGUGGAAACGAGAAGAAUAUAGUUAUCGCUUCCACGGCGAGCCGGGCUGAGCCUCGAGCUUUUAGUGCUUUUUUUCUUCUUUUUUUUUUUACAAACAUUUCUGGCAACAAAAUGCUCUUUGACAGCUUUUUUGAUUAUUUUUGUCCCUCCUCCUCGGCUGAUGUGAACGGAAUCAGUGGUGCUCCAGUGAAGAAGAUGCACAGAUAAAAGUCCUCUAAGGUGCCUGAGACUUUCAUGGCCCAAGACGUCCAGAAAAGAGGACAAAGUGAGUCUGACUGACCUGAUGCCACAAGAAGAGGACGUCUGGACUGAAGGAUCGAUCGAUGAGCGAUUGGAAGUUUUAAGCAUUAGUCGUUGGACUAAUUGGACAGGUUUUUAACAUCUGGACACCACAUGGCUGCAGCAGCUUCUUGACACUGGGAUAGUGACAAACCCAACAUGUGAUCGCAUGUCCAUAUCAGUGAAGAUUGAUCUGAUAUCGGGGCCUUAUGUCUUAGAUUAGAACUUAUUGGCUAUAUCUACAGUUCAGACAGUUUGUGUUUGAGUUACUGGACUAUCUCACUCAGGGAUUGAGGCCGAUUACAACAUUUUAGUGCGUUUGUCAUGCUGGGAAUCUGGGGACGCACCAGAAACAAGCUGGCGACUCAGACUUUAGGUGUAGCCGCCUGCGUGGCCUCCUUAUCCUCAUGAGUGACCCCACGAUCCCUGUAGAAGUCAGAUAGUCGGGUAUCAGCUCACCACAUGUCCUUAUCAGAGAUCUAAUAGCAGCCGUCAGGAUGAGCACAUGUCUGUAGCCGCGUCGCGCCAGCGUUUUCGAGGCUGGCGGUCAUCUUCCUCGGCCAUGACCCGGCUGAUGUUGGGCCGGACUCUGGAGCGCAUCUGUAAAGGCGUGCUGCUGCUCUGCCUGCUCCACUUCCUCAUCAUGAUGAUCCUGUACUUCGAUGUCUACUCGCAGCGCUUCGACCUCUUCAGCCGCUUCAACAACGGCCGUAACGGAUCCAGGACUAACGUCAGCGGGGCAGCAGGGAGCGGGCACCACUACUACUACUACAACCUCUCCAGGCCCAACGCGACGCUAGCCAGCUACCUGGCCACGGGGGAGCAGCUGGUGCCGAGUGUGCAGCCCGAGACCAAUCAGACGCCUUCUCCCAAACCGCUGCCGCCGUGCCCCGAGAACCCGCCCGGCCUCGUGGGACGUUUGUUGAUCGAGUUCAGCUCCCAGAUGACGAUGGAACGAGUGCAGAGAGAAAACCCUAACGUGACAGACGGAGGCCGCUACACGCCUCCUGACUGUCGGCCUAGAUGGAAGGUGGCCAUCAUCAUCCCGUUCCGUCACAGAGAAAACCACCUAAAGUACUGGCUCCACUACCUCCACCCUAUCCUCAGACGGCAGAGGAUUGACUACGGCAUCUACAUCAUCAACCAGUUGGGUGAGGAAACCUUCAACCGUGCCAAGCUGUUGAAUGUUGGCUACACGGAGACUUUGAAGGACGCAGAGUACGACUGCUUCAUCUUUAGCGACGUGGACCUGAUCCCAAUGGACGACCGCAACCUCUACCACUGCUACGACCAGCCGAGGCACUUCGCCAUCGCCAUGGACAAGUUUGGCUUCAGGCUGCCAUACGCAGGCUACUUUGGAGGAGUUUCAGGUCUCAGUAAAAAACAGUUUCUGAAGAUCAACGGCUUCCCCAACGAGUACUGGGGCUGGGGAGGGGAGGACGACGACAUCUACAACAGGAUCACUCUGAACGGGAUGAAGGUGUCGAGGCCAGACGUUCGCAUCGGCCGCUACAGAAUGAUUAAACACGAGAGAGACAAACACAACGAGCCCAACCCACAGAGGUUUAAUAAAAUCCAGAACACGAAGAACACGAUGAGGAAGGACGGCAUCAGCUCUCUGACCUACAGACUGGUUCAGGUCAAGAGGUACCCUCUGUACACAGAUAUCUCUGUGGAGAUCGGCAAAGCACCGCCCCGGCCUAUUAAGGGCUAGAGGAAGAUGAGGGGGACGACACACAUUGACAUGAGGGAACAAGACAAGAAGAAGAGCGCUCAUAGGAAGGAAAUAAAGAGGAAACGCGUCCUAGACAUCUGGAAGGAUGCAGGAGUGAAAGAUAGAGGAAAAGUCACAAGCACAUCAUGGUCUCUUUUUCCCUCUUUACCCCUCUCUCUCUCUCUCUCUCUCUCUCUCUCUCUCUCUCUCUCUCUCUCUCUCUCUUUUAAGAUUGCAGCUUGCCAUUUCUGUAACAAGGACUCGGGCUCUUUCCAGCAUUUUCAAGUAGCCAACGGCUUCACACCUCCUACCUUUACCAAUCAGUGACUUCAGAAUUUUGAAGAGUGUGGACCAAAGCUCAAAUGUCAGUGACCGACCAAAGGUUGGCAUCAAACUUGGAGUGUUUCCAUUAACUAUCUUUUGUAAACUGGAGGACAUCCAGUGGAAUAUCGACGGAGGAUAUUGACGGGAAACGUUGUCGGGGGACAUCAAUUGAAACUUUGGAAAGUUUUCAUGACCUGUUCUGAAAGACGGCAUCGAGUGGGAUUACUUGGAAUAUCUGACCAAAUUAGUAGAAUGAAAAGAAAUGACUUCUUACAUGGAUGCAAGGAGAGUCACGAGGAGUGGAACCAACUUGUUUGGAAAUGAAAUAUCAGAAAAAGAACAAACCUUGUGGACAACGAACCUUACAAACGCCAUCAACUAUUCUAUUUCCCAAGCAUUCACAGUGAUGAUGACGAGAAUGGGGAUUUCCAUUAGAGGCAAACUGUAACAUUAACGAAAUAUGACGACAUGCAGUGAUGCUCCGUGGACUUGUAUUUGAUGGAUUGCAUAUCAAAGAAAUCGUCCGACUCUUAUCUUUCAUAUUUACGAGUGAUGUUAACAGACGAUUUAAUAUCGACGUCUUUGUCAGGGAGUUUGGAUCAAAUUACUCACUCGAAUCCUCCGGUAUCAGUCAAUGAAUGUGUAUUGUGCCUGCAUCUACAGUGCUGGGAACACGCUGAUAAAACAUGUUCGUCAGCAGCAACAAACUUUGGAAACAGAAACUGACUCAUUGGAGUGACGGGAAAGUUCUGCAGCGGCGUAAACAUAUUGAAGAGUUUUCUCCUGUGCUGAAUGCAAUCUGGUGGAGCUACCCUGGGAAUGCAUUGAAAUCAAAUUGAGGAACUGAAGACAACACGGCAGAUAUAUACGCUGACAGCUCAGUCAAGAUGUCAACCCCAUGGGGCACAUUUUGGAGAUUAGGUUUCUGGAAGCUUUGUGUUUUUUUAGUUUUUUUUUCUCACUCCACUUGAAGAAAGAUGAAGAGGUUUAUUUUGGUAAUCUGGGCUUCAAGCGUACAAUUGUUGUCUCUGUAAAGUGCAAAUGGCCUGAGGUUCAUUAGUAUUCCUUAAGGUAAAGAUUUGAUUCAGUACAAAUAUGCAUUUUUCAUUCGAAAAAUUGGACAUUUACCACAUUUUCUGAACGUAUUUGGGGCAGAAAGGGGGUUACCCUGACCUGUUGCGAAUACAAAAGCUGAUUUACAAUCCACAGACAAGACCAACUAUCACAAGUCAUUAAAGUUCUAUUGAUACUGUUUCUAUGACAUUUUCUCUCUCUGCUAUCUUUUUCUUUAAAUCUUAAAGGAAAAGGCGAUCAUAUCCGGAAAGAGGAAAUUAUAAGGUGAUAGUCUUUUGCUGGUGGAAAUUGUGAAUUUGACGGCAGUAAUGAGAAGUUAUCGUUUGAGCAGUUUGACUGACGUCUCUAUUGCCGCUUGAGAUUUUAUCAUCAGCUGUCACUUCUGUAUUUAAAUGUAUUUUAUCACACUUUUUUCAUAACUGAUGGAAACAUUUUUUGCUAAUUUCCAAAACGUAUUUAGUCUCGUAUGAGUUGCACAACCUUCCCCGUGUGAAAAGAGAACAGACAUUUUUUUCUUGUCUCCACUUUCGACGCCUAAACACCAAACUGAUGCCUUCAGACGUUAUCCAUACUGAGGUUAUUUUUUAUGUAAAGGUCAUUUUAGCGAGUAAAAUCAAUAUCUAUGAGAAGAUGUGCGUUUUAAGAUGGGUAAUACAGAAAUGAUUUUUUUGAAAUUUAAAUAUAUUAAAAAAAGAAAAACGUGCAAAAAAUAUUUCCACAUAUCUUUUAAACAGACAGAAUAUUUGUGUCCAAUGCUUUAACUGCUAUUUUGUUGCCAAUUUUCUCUCACUCUGAACGAUUUGGGGCAUUUAUUUUGGUAUAAAUUGUGCGUUGUUGGCCUCCUCUGUGGUCAGCCUUGAGGCAAAAAGGCCCAAAUGUUUCCAUCUGUUUGGGUCUUCGUUAUCUUCAUCUGAAGCCUGUUGGAAGGUCUGAUUACGCCUCUCUCUCUCUCUCACACAAACACACACACAAACACUCAUUCACACCCUUCCCUUUUUUCUUUGCAUUAUCUCGCCUUUCAUUGCCUGUUCCCUUCUCACUCUUCCAGUCCAGGCUGUAUGUGUGAAUGGUCUUCUGCUGUGCUUUGUAGUGGGCCUACUGUAGGCACAGCUGUGUCUCACAAGAGUGCUUCUUCUUUCAAUAGAUAUAGACAGGGCCUCUCUUUGUGUCUCUGAAUCUGUGCCACUUACUGUAUCUUUAUUUUUCUAUCUCAGUACACAUCCCCAUUCAUGAAACCUGCUGUGCACCUUUUCUCGAACUCUCCCCAUCUUUAUCCGAGUCUCCUUUUCCUUUUCACCCACUCUUGAUACUCUCCUGGUGAGUUUAAGUGUCCUCAGUGGGCAGUCGAUCUAUGGAGAGGUCAAUACAAUCCCUACUGUUUAAAGCAAACCACUUGUCCCGCUUCAAAGUCAUUGUUUUCAAGUGGGAUGUGAAGUGACAACAUUUUGUAAGUGUUGGAUUCACAUUUUUUCAUAGUUUUCCUCCAUAAUUCACCUGUUGAUUUGGAAUCGUUGUAAUGAGCACACAGCAACCAAAAUGACAGCUUUGUUUUUUCCCAUACUUACAGUAUUCAAGCACUAGUGAUUUAGUGCUUUACUUUCAUAGAGUUGGGUGACUUUUGACAAAAGACGAGUCAAGAUCCAAAAACACUGGAUCCUACAUUUCCCAUGAUGCAGCUAGACAGUGUAUUUCAUAGAGUUCAUAAAGUUGGAGAAGCUAAAUAUAUUGGGUGUAAAAGUGUCAUUCAUUUUCCCAUAGACUUGGAUGGGCGUGAAACUGAAGAGACAAAAGAUAUGUUAGAAAAAGUCCGAUCCAAGUCCGAUCGGCAGGAAACAUCCAAUCACAGGGCUUCAAAUUAUGUUGUGUGCACGCCAACAGCCGUGAGAAUCCGGAUUUUCCAAUCUGCACGUUAAAGAAAUUAAUUAGCGAUUUCUGGGUAAAUGUAGGACAAAAUUGCCAACUAUAGCACCGUUUUGUUCAAAUGUGGAAAAAUACUGAACAAGCAUUAGACUCCCUCCUCCUACUAAAUGCCCACUCUCUAUGGCAAGCCUUCUCAGGUCUCAAGGCCAAGCUGAGAUAACCCUGAAGACCUGGUUUCUUUUUUUUGCUCCUGUCCCUGCACAGAAGACCUUGUACAGCUGUUUUCACAGGCUGAGUCGUACUCCUCACGAUGAGUAAAUUGAACUUUGAAAUUAAGAUAAUUUUCUAGCUUCAUUACUCUGACAAUGAGGUCAGUUAGGAAAGCUGAGGAGUGACAGUUACUGGAAACAAUGAAGGAUAUAGCAAGAGAGGCCCCCGUGUGUACCAACAGCAACAUACAGAUGUUAAAGAUCAGCAACAGAAACGUCAGCAAAAAUAGUAUUUGAAACAUUUCCUUUACUUGAGAAGAACAACCACGAGGAGCGCUUGAUGUUUCUUAAUGGACUCUUGACUUUUGAAGCGGUUCCAGUUGUCAGGCACACCUCAGGUGGUGAAGUAUUGGAAACGCUUUUUCAAAUACAAUUUUUUUGCUGCAAAGCAGAGAGGACUUUCAGGCCUGUGGGCAUUUUUAAAGAUUUACUGUAUCUAUAGCUAUGUUUUUUUUUGUACAUUGAAUGUUGAAAAUGUUAUAUCUUAUAUAGAAUGCAUUACGUCAUAUCAAACCUACUUUUUCUAUACAAUCAAUAAAUCUGAUGGUUAAAGAUUGUAUGGUGGUGUUGUCAGUUGCUUGCUGUGUGUGUACAUGUGUUUUUUUUUAUCCCAGGUUACUAAAGAAGACACUCAAACUCUGGUGAAUGAAUUAAACCUUCAUAAUUAGUUUUUAUCUGCAGGUUGAGGUAAUCCCAGAACCAGUCCGUUUCCUGUUGCCAUGAGAGCACAUAAACCUGUUAUUGUUGUUUCCGUGUGACUUAGUGGACUAAAAUGCCAAACCCCCGUUUGGAUUACCUUACGCCGUCUUUCAUUUCCUCCUCUUUCAUGCUACAAAGUAAAGCUUUGUCUCCUUUACUUUCUACUUCUUCUUUCAGUCUUUACAUUGUUUUUGCUCUGCAGGGAAAUAAGGACGGUGUCCUCUCAGAGCCAAACUGGUCACAAAACAGCAAAUUGUUUAAUUAAAGUAAAAUGAUGUAACUCAAGCGUUAACACAAAAAGAGAUUUUUAAUGAACAUGGAAAGGUGUUUUAAUUUGGAAUAUUUUAAAAGAUGCCGGGGUACAUUACCAGCAUAACACACUACAUGAUUCAUGGGUGUGAUUCAUAUUAGUUCCCUUUUAUUGUAGGCAGUAUAUUUAAACUCCACUUAAAAGAGUGGUUUGACAGCUUAGGCGUUUUUUGCUGAGAGUUAAAUGAGAAGAUUGACGCCAAUACUGUAUAUCUGUGCAGGGAAUAUGGCUAAUUGUGUUACCUUUAACAAGAGGCAGGCUAGCUGUUUCCAGUCUUUAUGCUAAGCUAAGCUAACCUGAUAUUUCCCGAACAGACAUGAG